GUUCCCAUACAGUGCAGAGGCUCAGAGAGUGGGAAAUUCUUCCAAACUAGCUACAAUGGGAAACAUAGGUUGUUUUGGGAUUGUAAUUUUGGGUGUUUUGUGUUUGUUGGGUUCAGCACAAGCUGAUCUAAAGCUCGACUUUUAUGAUAAGAGCUGUCCAAAAGCUGAGAAGAUUGUACUAGAUUUUGUGAAUAAGCAUAUCCAUAAUGCUCCAUCCCUGGCAGCAGCUUUUAUAAGAAUGCACUUCCAUGACUGCUUUGUGAGGGGAUGUGAUGCAUCAGUGCUGCUCAAUUCCACUUCGACCAACCAAACUGCUGAAAAGAAUGCAAUCCCAAAUCAGACACUCCGAGGCUUUGACUUCAUUGACAGAGUAAAGAGCUUACUGGAAGCUGAGUGCCCGGGUGUAGUAUCUUGUGCUGAUAUCAUUGCCUUGGUUGCAAGAGACUCAAUUGUUGCCACAGGAGGACCCUCUUGGAAAGUUCCAACAGGACGAAGAGAUGGGGUUAUUUCAAAUGCAUCGGAGGCUUUAUCCCAAAUACCUGCUCCAACCAACAACUUCACCACCCUCCAGAAAAGGUUUUCUGAUAAAGGACUCGAUGUGAAAGAUCUUGUUCUGCUUUCUGGGGCCCAUACAAUUGGAAUCGCUCACUGUCCUGCAUUCAGCAACCGACUCUACAAUUUCACAGGUGUGGGUGAUCAAGAUCCUGCUCUAGAUAGCGAGUAUGCUGCAAAUCUAAAGGCAAAGAAGUGCAAGACACCUACAAACAAUACUACCAUAGUUGAGAUGGAUCCAGGCAGUUUCAGGACCUUUGAUCUUAGCUAUUACAAACUCCUACUCAAGAGACGGGGUCUAUUCGUGUCAGAUUCUGCACUGACCACAGACUCCACUUCAAGAUCUUUCAUCAACCAACUUCUCCAGGGAACACUUGAAAACUUCUACACGGAAUUCGCCAAGUCCAUGGAGAAGAUGGGUCAGAUUGACGUUAAGACUGGGUCUUCAGGUGAGAUUAGGAAGCAUUGUUCGGUUGUGAAUAGCUGAGCUUGGCUGAUCGGGGUAGCUUUGUUCUAAUCAAGCAACUCUGUGUCGUGUUCCUUCUUUGGAGUGAUGAAAAUGGGAUACAGCUUUGUAGAGUGGAGUUAAGUUGAAUGAUGAGAUCUUUUGUUUACUUAAUUGUCCUUGUGUGAUCUUACAAAGAAGAAUACGUGUUCUUGUUUGUCUACAA